AUGGUUGAAGUUGAGAAAUACUAUCUUCCGCCUACUCGCCUCAUACCUAACUCUCCACAACCUCUACUUUAUUAUAAAGGACUCCUGGUUGACUCCUCCGAAUGUCGACCUGAAGCCAUCCACGAAACGCUCGAUAAAAACCACUGGGAAACACAGUGGAUAUUUCGGUACGGCUCAACUCAGCUAUCGCAUUAUCAUUCACGAAUCCAUGAAGCUAUGGUCGUGCUCUCUGGCAGGGCAACUAUUAGAUUCGGCGUCGCGGAUACGGAUCCUGACCUUGAUAAAAAUACCUGGGGUGGUGCGAAGGAAGAGGGUGGGAUCGAGGUGACGGCUAGCAUUGGAGAUGUUUUUAUAAUCCCUGCCGGCGUGGCUCAUAAGACAUAUAAUACUAGCCCCAGCGCAGAAUUCAGUCUAUUAUCACCAGGUGAUGGACACGGGAUACCCGGCCCCAAUGCUCGAGAGUCCUUAGCAAAUGUACGGCUUUCUGGGUUCACGAUGAUGGGAGCUUACCCUAAGAAUUGCGGCUACUGGGAUUUCUCUAUUGGGGGAGAGGACGUGAGGGACUUUGAGGCUUCGUGGAAUAUUCCAAAGCCCGGUAAAGAUCCCUUUUUAGGUGACUCACGGGAUGGGAUUGUUGGACAUUGGGACGCUGCUGGGAUUAUGAAAGGAGAGCAUCCACUACCAAGCUCUAAAAGAUCAGUUGAUAUGCAUUCUCAUGGGGAGAAGUCUCUCUAG